AUGUAUUCUAAGGCCCUUUCUCUUGGAUUUCUCUUUGGCACUGCUGCGGCUGAGACUAUCCACGGCGUCGUCGUCUUUAGCCGUCAUGGAGAUCGAACCACAAAGUGGUAUGGCGCUCAAGCCCUCACUCCCCUCGGCGCAGAGCAAAACUUCCAAGUAGGCAGCGACUACCGAAGUCGCUACCUCUCAUCCGAGUCGACUUAUCAGAUCCUCGGCAUCUCAGAGGAUGAAUACAAGCCCGCGCAGGUUUAUGCCAGCGCUCCCGAUCAGGGCAUCCUCAUGAACACUGCCACUGCGUUUUUGCAGGGCCUCUACCCUCCUCUGGCUGAUCUUGAUCCCGAGAUUGCUUCGCAGACUCUCAACAAUGGUUCUCAGAGUCAGGCGCCUCUUGAUGGGUAUCAGUAUGUUCGGCUGCACUCCAUCAGCGACAAUUCGCCCGAUACCAUCUGGAUCAAGGGUGAUGAUGCGUGCCCCAAGUAUGUCAAGGCAUCUAAGGCCUUUAUGGACAGCGAGGUGUUUGCUCAGCGCACGGAGGAUACCAAGGAGUUUUAUGAAGGUUUCUACGACGUUCUCUCGGAUGGAGUGUAUAACCUUAAGCCUGAGAACAUGACGUACAAGAACGCCUACAACAUCUUUGAUCUCGUCAACGUUGCACGCAUUCACAACGCUACUUCUCCUGCUCGCAACGUCUCAGAUGAGGACCUCUUCCAGCUUCGAGUCCUUGCCGACUCUGCUGAGCUCGGCCAGAACUGGAACGCCUCCGACAAGGCCCGAGCCAUUGGCGCCGAGACCCUCUCUGGCGCCAUCCUUACCCAGCUCAACGAGACCGUCACUUCUGAAGGAAAGCUCAAGUUCUCCCUCUUUGCCGGUAGCUACGAUACCUUCCUCGCCUUUUUCGGUCUUGCAGGUCUCCUCGACGAAGACCCUGCAUUCCACGGUCUUCCUGACUAUGCCUCCACCAUGGCCUUUGAGCUCUUUACCGAAUCCAACGCAUCCUCGUUCCCCUCUAAUCCUGAGAAGGACCUCCGUGUGCGCUGGCUCUUCCGCAACAGCACCUUUGGCGAGCUCGAGACGUUCCCUCUCUUCGGUACAAACGACGAUUCUCUCCCCUGGACCGAGUUUGUCAGCGAGAUGGAAGAGCGCUCCAUCACUGACGUGGGAGAUUGGUGCACCCAGUGCGGCGCAAAGGAAGAUUUCUGUGCAGCCUACGAAACCGACGACGACGAUGAAUCCGCCGAGACCGAGGAUGAAAAGGAUGGAAACAAGGGAGGCAUGUCCAACGCUGUUGCCGCUAUUGUUGGAGCUAUUGCUUUCAUGAUCAUGAGGCGAAAGAAGGCUGCUGCUCCCCACGAGAAGAGCAGCGUCCGGAGUGGAAGCACUGAUGAGAAUGCCGCCAGGGUUUAA